AUGAUAAAUUGGAUACAAGGGCGGCGGAUUGUUUACACGAGGCGAUCUGUUCUCUUGCCAGCAGCGUCCUUAGAUAGAAUUAGCAUCAGAUCUGCCAUAGUUGAAAGGAAAGUAACGGAGCGAUGUGCUGAUGCAGCAGCUAUUAUCCAACAUCUGCUUCGUCAUCAUAGGAUCCCCUCCCCCCCAAGGAAAAUCCUGACCCUAUACAAUCUCCUUACAUUACUCCACCCCCCCUCUCUCUUAUCCCAAGGGCUUCAUCAGCGAAAUCUGAAUCCGGAUAGGACAACAGCAACACGAUAA